CACUUACCACCAUAACCACCAUUCCGGCAUUUUCCUCCCAAACACACACACCUUCUACCUGUUCCCCCUGCGACAGAACUAAAUCAAAUCGGGAGGGAGAAGGAGAGAGAAAAAAAACAAUCACCAUGGAGGAAGAAUGGUCCGCCGACGCGAACGAAGCUAUAGAGCUAUCGCUCAUCUCGACCACUAGUGGAAAACCAAUAGCUACCUUCCAUCCGCAGUUCACCUAUGGGAUCUUCGGGGAUUCAGAAAAUAUAUUCGGUUACAAGGAUCCGAACUUGCAAAUAUCGUUUGCAGCGAACGACAUGAAGUGUUGUCUAGAUAUUUCCUACGAGGACAAGAUGGAACCGCAAGGCUCUGUGCAGGCGGAGGAUUUAGAAGCGAUUAUUACGGAUUUUCUUCCCGAAGAUUGUGAGAAAGACCUCAAAGAAUUCCAGACGAAAAUCGCUCAACGUGAUGAUACAAAAUGGAGCCCGCCUGGGGAUAAAAUCUCGGAAUACACUCUUAAGGGGAGGACCUAUGAGAUCUGGCGCUCUACAAUCGAUGACGCAUACUGUAAGAGCAUUCUCAAGAAUAUACAAAUCUUGAUUACUCUUUACAUCGAAGGGGGAACAGCGAUCGACCUUGAAGACGAAGAAUGGACCAACAAGCGCUGGGAAGUAUUCUUCUUAUAUGAGAGAUCUGCAGCCAACCACACCUUCAUCGGCUACUGCACCUGCUACCGCUACUACCUCUACAAUCCCAAGUCGCCCGACACCAGCCGCAUCCGGAUAAGCCAAUUCCUUAUCCUCCCACCAUUCCAACACCAAGGUCACGGCAAGAACCUGUACAACAGCUUAAUCACUCACUUUCUCACUAUAACCUCAAUCCAAGAAAUAACCGUCGAAGACCCCAGCGAGGCCUUCCAAAACCUGCGCGACAUCCAAGACCUCCAUCGGCUAACCCCAGCCCUUACGCGAUCAAACCUGACCCCACAAUCAUUCUCCAACAAGUCCUUCCCCGGCGCGGAUAUCCGCACCCGGGCGAAGUUGCCCGUGCGCCAGUUCGCACGUGUGUGCGAGAUGUUCAUGCUCCAGGGGAUUGAAAAGGGCGAUGAGAAGAGCAUGAAGGUCUUCCGCUUACUGGUCAAGGCGAGGAUAUACAAGCAGAACAAGGAUGUGCUCGCGCAGUUGGAUCGUCUAGAGAGGAUUGAUAGGCUGCAUGAUACGUAUUUGCAUGUUGAGGAUGAGUACAAGGGAUUGCUGAUUGCUGCCGGGGCCGCUCCUGUCGAAGAGGAGGAAGUGGAGGAGAUAGAAACGGAGAAGAAGCGUUCUGCUAAUGGUGAUGGGGGGAGGGCUUCUAAGAAAGUUAGAGUUGCGGAGUAGAACUAUCGUAUUAGCAGCAUAUUUGGGAUGCUUUCUUUGUGGCCCAUUCUUCCAUCUUCCAUUUUCUCUUUUUCUCUCCCCCCUCGUAUCUAAUUUUCUCUUGAUUAGGGGGAGGCAAUGAGCGACCGGUGGCAUUUCUUAUGAUAUCUCUUUUUUCUUUUUUUUUUUCCUUUGUUUCCCUUGUGUACGUUUACGGCGCACGACUGAUGGAGAGGUUAAUGGCUAUUACGCACAUACCCGC